AUGGUAUCCUCAAAACGCUCGCCGAGUAACAGACGAAAAUCAAUAGCAGUCAUCAACGAUCAGAACAAGCCCGCCUUCAUUCAGCGCAACAAACGAAGAGCACAUAGUGUUGCUCCUGGCGAGCUCAGUCCGCUUGCAAAGGCCAGACGACUACUUGUCCCACGAAAGAGUAUCCUCAAGACUGCGAUAAAUUUACCGUCACAAAACGCCGAGCAGUCAUCCAUACUUCCUAGCCAGUCGAAUUCAACGUUGGGCGGGGAUGCUACGCAAUCCAUGGAUCUGACUCGGGAAUUUACCACCAAUAUUCACGACAAUACGUCACGGAAAUCGCUAGGACGAAGAGUGAGCUUUGCGCGAACGGCCAAAGUUCGGCUGUUUGAGAUCCAGGGAGACCAUACAAGCAGUACGAAUGCUUCUGGAUCGCCACAAUCAUCACCACAGUCGUCACCUCAGCAGCAGCCGAACGAGGAACAAUAUGUGAACCAGCCCCCGACGCUGUCCAACGAGAACGCCUAUCCUGGCGCAGAUGCGAGGAAUCGGCGUCGAAGUUCGGGGAGAUACUCAAUGGCGGGUAGUGAGGACAUGGACCUAACUCAAAUUGGCCCUCAUAUCGUUAGCGACGAAUUGAACUUCGAGGAGGAUAACUUCGACUUCAAUACCGACGACGACAGCCACAUGAUGGAUGAGGACGGCGACGCUAUGGAUAUCACCCGAGCGCUGGAUGCUAACAUCAUUCGGCGACGGACACUUUCUAUGGGAGGCGUCAAUGCUCAAGCAAACCGGCCGCCAUUGGCCGAGCUUGCUCACAGCGUCGCGGCUAGCAACAAUAAUGAGCUAUCAGUCGGCUCCGUCGAUAUGUCCCAAGAUAUGUCUCGAGAUGAUUCCAAUGUGUCAGGUGGCGACGAUACACAGUCCAUCCCAAUGGAAUUCACAGUGCCUAUCACCCAAGGUCUUCGUCAGCCAGCACACCAAGAUCCAGCGUGGCUCGCCCUUCGAGCCGUUACUCAUUCGGGAGAUGUGCCGUACGACCCUCCGCCAAUGAGCGAAGACGAGGACGCUACCCCCCUAGCUGCGCAUGCCCCUGGAGAUGACAUGAAUCUCGACGACGCCAUGCAACGUUUAAUGAGAGCCAGAGACUCGCUUCCAAUGGCCCAGUCUAUUCCGCCAGGUACACAGAACGAGGACUCGUUCACUAGCUCUGAAGGAAGCUUCAUGGUUGCAGAUGGGUUUCGAGGGGAGGAAACGAUCAAUCUAAGCAAAAUCAUCGGGAGAGGGAGUCUUGCUGGCUUUAGUGCUCGUCCUAGUCUUGCGUACGACUCAACUAUGGAGAUUACUUCUGGGUAUGGCCAUAUACAGGCUAUCAAUGGCUUGCCGGUCGAAUCGACGCCAACACACGGUCGCAUCCCCCCUCAGCCAGCGCCAGCGCAAGAAAUAGCGAGAUUGCCGGUCUUCCAACCACCAAGCGUUCCCGCCACACUCCCCAUCGACCCACCAUCUGGACAGCCGGAAAGCAUCCACGCCGCUCCAGCUCCCGUCUUUGCGCCGCCACCCAAGGUCCCGGCGUCAGCAUCCAAGUUCAAACCCAAACCUACUUCACCAGUAAAGCCAAAGCCGACAUUUACUGCGGCAUUUGCACCACCGGCUGGGCGCCCGUCUCCUAAGAAGCAUCAGCCGCCAGCUACCAACGCAAUUGUUGGAAGCAGUACAAACGCUCGUGCCCCUGCGAAACGAGCUCUCGAUGAGACGCCGGAAGAGGACCAUGAGGAGGGGCCAUCUACGCGUCGUGUAGCGUUGGACUCCAAUGACAAACCCAAGCCUGCACCCCUUCCAACAUCUCGUGCCUCUGCUAAACCCCAUCUCGGAUCAGCAAUACGGCGGCCAUCAGGUUACUUUGCUCGGCGGCAAAGUGUAGGUGCAGCCUUGCAGGGAGGAGCCAACGAAGCGAUUAGCCGUCCAGACCAAACCACACAAGGUCCCCGUCCACCUUCACCAAAAAGCUCCGGGAAGGGUAAAGCCAGAGCGAGCUUGGGUUCGGCGGCAGCGGCAGAUGCGUGGAAGCGGUUCGACAGAAAUGCGGCGUCAGAAAUGCCAACGAGACCGAGGGAUGAACAUCCUCCAGAACAAGACCCAAAUUCUGCGAACGACCCAACCUCCGUUACCAUAGUUCCUAUUAGUGCGCUCCCUCCGGCGUCGCCUGUCAGAGACCCACCCCCAGCGACCCCUGGCGCUCCAAACGAUCUAGAAGGACUGUCAACUGCAGACGGUUUUGGGGAGGAUGAUUAUGAGGAGUCUAUGGAACUGGACGAAGAAAUUCCAGUACGCCAGCCUGAUGAUCAAGCAAGGCUGCGAGCUAGCACGGCCGCGACAGAGUUGUGGGCAGAAGGGGUUCAAGGCGACGGCCAUCCGGACGACAACUUGCCGUCUAUAUCGAUCGCGGAAUUCUUCCAACUAACGGGUAUCAAGUUCAUGGAGGAGCUAACCGCGCCACGCCGCUCGAUGUCACAACCAGGUCGACCAGAGCGCCAAACUGCUGAUAUUCCCCUCGCGGAAUACGCGAUUGCCACCACAGUCGACUUACCACAACUGUCGCUCUACACUCGCGUGGCGAGCGAUCUCGAUGCAUGGAUGAAGAAGAGCAAGGUAGUUAUGCAGGAGACGGAGGAAGAAGCAGCAAAAGUGGUGCCCGAAUUGUUUGCUGAGUAUUUGAGUGCUGACGAAGAGGGCAAGGAUCAACUGAGGCAUCAACUUAACCUCAUCCGAACAAAUGUCAGGGAAAUGGCCAAAGGAGAGUGGUACAAUUGGAAACUGCAAUGGAUCGAGGGCCUCAAAGAGAUCGCGAGCAGUGGUCUGGAGGACUUGCAAGCGGAUGCUAGAGUUCUCGGGCAAAUUACGUCGCGAGCAGAAGAAAUGCUGCCUUCCCUGGAACAGGAAUACGAGAAAAUCAUGGCUGAGCUGGAGCAGGAGCAAGCGGAGGUUGACGAAAUCCUGGCGAGUGACCAAGGUUACCUAAACGAGUUGAAAGCUUCCAUCGCCGAACAAGAAGUGGAAGUCGAUGCCCUCCGUGCAGAGCUUAGCGAGAACAAACAGCAGUUGGCUCGCCUUCAGGAGAGGUAUGCGGAGACUCAGAAAGAACAACGAGAAUCAGAGUCUGCAAUUUCUACCGCCAAGCGUCUGCUUCAUGUCCAGGAAAGCAGCACGCUCUCAGAGAUUAUGAGGUUGAAGGACGAACUGGAAGCCAUGGAAGAUCUGCAUAUGUUCCACGCGACGAAGGUCUCACACAACCUUUUUGAAUACGUUUAUGCCUCGCGAUACCAGAUCUCUAUCCCCUGCAACAACCAUCUCCCGAUAAUAUCACAGAUCGAGCUCAAGAAAUUGAAUACUGCGAAACUCAAAUUCAAGGAUAAAUACCCUCAUCUAAGCGAUUUCUUCCUCCGGACAGCGAAGGACAUGCUGCUGCAGACGCAGAAAGACUGGACCGUCGUUCAUUAUCUUUCGGACUAUUGGUCAUCAUGCACACAGAUUCGCUCCCAAUUAGAUCUACUCUCCAUUAAAUACCCUGUGACCGUCGAGAUACCCACGUCCACAGACAGCGCUGGCUUCACCGCCAAAGCGCAGCUCCUCUACCCCUCCCUCAAGGCCAAGGUUUUCGUCUCUUUCACGUUUAUCCCAGAAAUAUUUGCUUCGUGGCCGAAGGCGAUCAAACAAUUACCGUGCAACGUUGAGGUCGUGUAUGGUGCUGUUCAGGGAGAGAAAAUCUACGAAGCCGUCGUCUCCAGACUUAGUGAGACCAGCGCCGAAGACAAUCACGCUUGUUUAUUAGAUGCCUGCAUAGGUGCUCAGGAUGUCUACCAUUAA